AUGGAUCAGAGGUUUUCAAGUUGUCGAGGUGUAUCUUUUGAGAUCCAACCCCAUAAGGAUCCAUUCGCCAUUGAUGCACCUCGAGCUAGUCGACGUAGUUGGGUUCCAUGGGGGUCUUCUAACAAAAUCGCGCCAACUUCGGGUGCUAUCAUCUCAAGGUCGAAUAGCCGAGCCAGUAGUCAUUUCUGUGACUUAGAAACCGAUGAUGAAGAUGAUGAGGACGACGUUCUGAUCAACAUAGAAGAAGGCCACGAGUUAGACGACAAGUACGAGCUGCCUCUUCCAGUUUCAAUUCCAGAAGUACUCCCACAAGCUCCCAGCAAAAAGAUCCUUUCUAAGCCAACAAAACCAAAAGGGUCGAGAUUGUCAGUGAUAUUGCUCGAUCAAGGCUUGUUUACAGUCUAUAAGAGACUCUUUAUGGUUUGCUUGGCUCUCAACAUUACAGGGUUAGCUCUUGCUGCCACGGGUCAUUUUCCAUACGCAAGAAACCACGCCACUCUUUUCUCUAUCGGAAACCUUCUGGCUYUGACACUAUGUCGAAGCGAAGCMUUCUUACGMRUCGUGUUCUGGCUCGCRGUUAAYMUCCUCGGCCAUYCUUGGGUGCCYUUAUGCCUCAAAACCGYUACCACCUCUUUACUUCAAUCUUUAGGUGGGAUACACAGUAGUUGUGGCSUUUCUUCKGUYKCWUGGCUUACGUAUUCUUUAGUUCUUACCCUUAAAGACAGAGACAACACUUCUAAUGAGAUAAUUGGUGUGGCUUACGCCAUCCUCUCCCUCCUCUGCCUGUGUUGUCUGGUYUGGGYRUUUAUUGURCUCACAAAAWCUUAUGWRCCYGAGACCAAAUCUUACMRGAAAGACGUGGGAUCAAGAUUGGUUAAAGAGCAAGAAUUCUGGUUCACCUUGGUCACAACCAUACUAAUCAUCAUCCCAUGGGUGACCGUGAGGCGGGUUGCCGUCAAGGUCUCAGCCCCAUCAGGUCAUGCUUCGAUUAUAAAAUUCGCGGGAGGAGUGAAACCAGGGAUUCUAGGUCGGAUAAGUCCAUCACCAAUGUCCGAAUGGCAUGCUUUUGGAAUCAUUUCAGAUGGAAAAGAAGAGCACAUGAUGCUAGCAGGUGCAGUGGGAGACUUCACAAAAUCCCUAGUCUCGAACCCGCCCAGCCACUUAUGGGUCCGGCAAGUCCAUUUCGCUGGUCUACCUUACCUGGUUAACAUGUACAACCGAGUGUUGGUGGUGGCAACCGGCUCUGGUAUUUGCGUCUUUCUGUCAUUCUUGCUGCAACAAGGUCCAGCCGAUGUGUGUUUGUUGUGGGUAGCAAAAGGGAUCGAACAGAACUUUGGGAAAGAAAUAAAGGAGUGGGUGAGUCGGCAUCCGAAGGAGAAGGUGAUAGUUCAUGACACGGCGGUGAUGGGGCGGCCGAAUGUCUCCGAGAUGAGUGUCGCGGCGGCAAGGAACUUUGGAGCGGAGGUGGUGAUCGUAACGAGUAAUCCUGAAGGGAGUAGGGAUGUGGUGAAUGCAUGCAAGAGUAAAGGGAUACCAGCCUUUGGUCCUAUAUGGGAUUCGUAAUUAGAUAGACAUUAAUUUAGAAGAUUUACAAACCAUAAACCACAAUUCAGUUGUAAUUAAGACUGUAUGUGUGAUGUGUAAGGUCUAAUGAUCAUGCAUGUAAAGUAAUAAU